AUGGACCAGCCUGAGUUCAAACAAUUUGCGAACACGAUCCCAACCGUACCAUCAUCGUCCCCCUACGUUCGACAUCUCGAUACAAACUAUGCACCGACCGAUCGCGAGGUAUCAGCGAUACGGGCACUGUUAGAGGCGCCCGUGAGCCAGUUGGUCUCACUGGACGAGCAAAUUGAUUUCCUCGUCAAACACCGGGAACACCUCUCACAGUAUAUCAACCAGCACAGUGCGCUAAUUGCACCCAUUCGACGAAUCUCGGACGACGUACUCCGCGAGAUAUUCGUAGCGACCCUCCCUUCAGCCCCUACACUCUCUCCUACCAAGUCACCUCAGAUCCUAAUGCAGAUAUGUCGACGAUGGCGUGCAAUUGCACGGGACACGCCAGUCCUCUGGUGCAGGAUUCACCUGUACAUACCAUGGGCGGCGAAUCCUCGAUCUUGCCAGCUAGCUGAACGACGAGGCUCCGCGCUCCAGGUGUGGAUAGAGCGCUCGAAAUCCUUGCCCUUGCGACUAGCGCUCUCCGACAAUCAAGCCGCUGUGGCAACUACCCUUUUGCAACCACACAUCCAUCGCCUUCAGUCACUGUGCCAAAAUCUCGACCAGGAAAACAACGAAACGUUCCUUCUGAAAGACACAUCGGUGCAGUUUCCGCUGCUGAAGUCGCUCGUGAUCACAUCACAGGAUGACGUCCUCGAAGCCCUCUACGACUCAUCCCUUUCCGCUCGAGUUCCUAAUAUCGAAGCCGUAACCUUCGCCGGCCCGUUUCAUUCCCCGUUUAGACUUCACCUUAACUGGGGGAAAAUUACAACCUUCCACUGGAAGCCGUUCCGCGCCAACGGCAGUCUUUCCAACGAGGAAGCCCUCCGCCUCCUACAAUCCAUGCCGUCUCUUCAAGUGUGCCGCAUCGAGCAAUUCAGGACUCUAACAGCGACGCACGAUGGUGCCAACACCCUGCGAGUCAUUAGGCUUCCUCACCUGAGGACCUUGCACCUCCACCAGAUCGAAGGCGGCCCAAUGACAGUCGAUAUCCUAAAUCAUAUAAACGCGCCUCUCCUGAACGACCUCUCCGUCCAUUUCUUCGAGCCUAUACCCCUCCAUAGCAGUCCAAUCAAUUUCCAGCCCAUCCGCCGGCUCGAUAUGGGAGUCGGCACUUUACCGAGUACACACAUCAUCGAACUUCUCUCCUCCUUGCAUUCCGUCGAAGACUUGACAUUCAAAUUCCAAUCCGAGCCUAACUGGUUCUUCGAUAACAAUCUCUCCGAAGAAGAGAAGGAUACCCGGUGGCGGAGUUACGGCUUCAGCGACAGCGUCCUAAAGGCCCUUACUCCCACAAGUGACCACACCGCCUGUGCACCGCGCCUUCGUACUUUAGCGGUCUACAACCCUCUUUGGCUUCCCUCCUCAUUGACGACAGAAGCGUUCAUGGCGUUCCUCGUCGAGAGGAAGAGACACCUCGACGUUCAGCUGACUCGUAUCACGCUUCCUUCGCCUGCUUAUGUUCAGGGAUUACAGGAUGCAUUAAAGCAGUGGGACGAAGCUGACAACGGUCCUCUGAUACAGGAAUUACUAUUUUCCAACGAUUCUGAGGAGCCUCGGCCUGAACCGUUUUACCCCCUAGUCACCCUGAUGCAGUUGCCGGAGGAGUGGUAG